UACAUGGAAUUAGAAAACAAAACACGUGUUUUAGAGUUUAUCCUCCUCGGACUCUCAGAAGAUGCAGAAGUGCAGCCCCUCCUCUUUGGGCUGUUCCUGAUGAUGUACCUGGUCACUUUCAUUGGGAACCUGCUCAUCAUCCUGGCCAUCAUCUCUGACUCACACCUGCACACACCCAUGUACUUCUUCCUCUCUAACCUGUCCUUAAAUGAUAUCUGUUUCACCUCCACCACUGUCCCAAAGAUGCUAGUGAAUAUCCAUACAGGGAGCAAAAUGAUAACAUAUAUAAACUGUCUUACCCAGACAUAUUUUGCUAUGCUUUUUGUGACAUUAGACAACUUCCUCCUGUCUGUGAUGGCCUAUGACCGCUUCAUGGCCAUCUGCCACCCCCUUCAUUACAUGGUCAUCAUGAACCCCCGGCUCUGUGCCCUCCUGCUGCUGGCAUCCUGGGUAUUGAGUGUUCUGCAUGCUCUUUUACAUGGCUUAAUGCUUUUGCAAUUGUCUUUUCCUACCAACUUAGAAAUCCCUCACAUUUUCUGUGAACUUAAUCAGGUAAUCCAUCUUGCUUGUUCUGACACCUUCCUCAAUGACCUACUGAUGUAUUUUGCAGCUGGACUUGUGGGUAUUAUUCCACUCUCUGGGAUCCUUUUGUCUUACUGUAAGAUCGUAUCCUCUGUUUUGAGAAUUUCCUCAGCUGGAGGCAAGUCUAAAGCAUUUUCCACUUGUGGGUCUCACCUCUCUGCAGUGUCCCUGUUUUAUGGUACAGUUCUUGGAGUGUAUCUUAGUUCUGCUGCUACUCAAAACUCAAGGGCAAGAGCAAUAGCCUCAGUGAUGUACAUGGUGGUCACUCCCAUGCUGAACCCCUUUAUCUACAGUCUUAGAAACAAGGACAUAAAGCAUGCCUUUAAAAAUCUCCUCAGCUGA